AGAACCCGGCACUGUGAUAGUACGAGUGGGGGUGGUCCGGCGCGCGCCCGUGACUUGAGCUACAGAGCAUGCGCGUAGAAAAUGGCGAGCUCGUGCAAGCGACGGUUUUGUCACGGCAGCGGUAACAGCAGCGAGAAGCGCGGCGUUCGACACGAUUCGUGGCCGUCCAAACUCGUCGACUGUGUGGGUUUUGAGAAGAUCUUGGCGUUGUUGGAGACAAGAAAUGUAAAGAAUCUCAUUCAAUUAAAAGAUUAUAAGCCUGCACGUGAGUCAAAUUGGUCAUUUGAUGAAAAUUGUCAUUUCUGCUGCUUAAGACGAGAGAAAGUGAAGGAACAUGUAAUUGCACUCACUAACAAAUUUGUGGAAAGUGGAGGCAAACCUUUACUUGGGAAGGAUCAGAGUAAUAUCAGCAGACUCGAGUGGCAAGUAGAAGAAUUCCUCAAUGCGGUCUUGCACAGGAAAGAAUACACACCAAGGAUCCCAGAUCCUCACAUCCCUGUGGUGGCUUGUGAUACCAUGCGACAAAUGAUCAAUCACUUAGUGGUGCAUUAUACCUCAAAAAGCAACUCUCAGGAUUCACCUCAGCACAAUGGCGUGGACCAAAACCUGCUGAAAACCCGUUCUAUGACAUCGCCUCUCGCUACUUCUACACCUACAGCUGCUGCUUCUACACAGAAUCCUGUCCACAGUAAGCUCCUCAUGGAAGACCAAGAUGCACCUCUUGACCUUUCAGUCAAGAAGGUCAAACCAGAAGUCAGUGACCAAGAUGUCGUUCUGGAUCUUUCACUCAAGAAGAGUCAUAAUGCAGACAGCAUGUGUCUCAGAAGCCCUCAUGUGAAUUUGACAACACCAGUUGUUAGAAGGACAGCUUCUGAUUCAGCUUUGGCUAAAGGACGAGAUCUGCCACCAUCAGCCGCAUUAGAACAGUUUAUGGCUAAGCUGUGUUUGCAUCACCAGCGGCAGAUUGUUGAUGCGUUUGGAUUCCUACAAAAUGAAGUAAAGGCUGUGACUUCCUCUGGUGAAGUGCAAGAGUCCAGCUCAGCAAACACAGAAAACCCUAUAAGCUCGGAAUCUACAGUAGAAGGUUCAGAGAAUCAGAAUCAAGAUGUGGACGAAACCUUGCUAAUAGCAAGAGUCGCAGAUGGAGGCCAAACUGUUUCAAACAAUGAAUUUUCUCCUUCAGAACAGCCCUUGGGAACUGAUGGGCCAUUGAUUGCAUCAAUCAAGAAUGGAUCAUCUGCAGAUAUUGGGCGGACAGAUAUUGAAGUUAAUGAUUGUGAUGAUGAGAAUGUUGAAUGUACAGACAUUCAGCCUAAGUGUCCAAGUCUAAUGAUUGUGAAAAACGACCCCGGAAGCUUCGAAGCUAAAAAGUUGUCUGGGGUAGGCUUAAUCAUUCAGCAACCAAAUACUGACUCUUUAGAGCAGGACCCACGUGCUUCUGGCAUGCAAUCACACACAAAUAGUACUGAUAAUGAUACUGGUGCGAUGUCUUCAUGUUCUACAAGUAAUGGACCUGCUGAUCCUAAAUGCCUUUCAGUAUGUAGCAGUGAUGCUCCAGCUAAACCCUGCUCAAUUCAAAGGACCACAAAUGCCAUUUCAAGAACAGCCAAGAAAAGUAGCAAAAGUUCUCGCUCUCGAUCCAGGCUUGGUCCUAUAGGUAACAUUGUAAAUGAUCCUGACAGUAAAUAUGAUAUUGUCUAUGUGGGGAAACCAAUUACUGAAUGUAAGCUUCAGUCACAGAACCAUAUGCUUCCAAGGAAAAAUGCUCGAAAAAGCACGAGAGGACAUCUGUCUGUUGGAGACUGCUGGGAGAUAAAGACUGUGCGAACACUUUCACGCAAGUCUGCUCAGAAUGCUAGUGGGAAUUAUCCUGUUCCUAUGCCCGAGUUUACCACCCCAAAGCAAGGAUCAAUCACUCCAAAGCAGGAUCUAGCUAAACCCGACGGUUUACCUGCUAUGACUGUACCUUUUACUGGGGAUUGUAUGGAAACUCUGAAGAACAAAAACCUGUCCGAUCAAUCAGUGGUGACAGAAAUACCUGGAGAUGUUGUGGAAAUAUCAAGCGAGGAUUUAAUUGUGGAACCCAGUCAGACAGGUCAAACUCAGAACUCAAAAGAUUCAACUUCCUCUCUUCUUGAUGAUGAGGUAUAUGUUCCAUUAGUGCAGCGGGACUGUCUGAGCAUACACGACCUUUCAGACAGUAGCGAAGAACCUCCCAUUACAAUCGCAAACAAAACAAUUAAAAGGAUUGAAUUUACAACAGAAGAAACUAUAACUGUUCCUGCAUCGAGUGUGGUAUUGGAUGGGUUAGAAGCAGAGGUCAAGGGUGAAAAUGUAGCCACGGAGACGCUGCUUAACAGUGUCUCCUCAUGUAAAGAAAAUGAUGCACCUCCGACUGUAGAUUCAAGAGCAGGCAGUGAUUUAAAAAGUCAUAAUGCUGCUAACGGCGAUCUAACAAAGUCUCCAGAACAGACAAAUGUUUUAGGAACACAGGUAAUGACAUGCACAGGUAACAGCACAAUGUUAGAAAUGACUUGCGGAACUGAAGCAAACAUCAAAGCAGUGGAUUCCAUGAAUCCAGAUAAAGAUGAAGGAGAGGUGAAGAUGUCUGAUCUAGUGGUUGAGGAAACUACUCCAAAAGAAGAGCUUGAAGGAUGUAAGGAAGGUGUGUCUGAAAGUGUUGUUAUAAAAAAAGGUGUUGCAAAACACACCACCCCUUCAGAUAGAUGUUUGCGAAGUGGAGUCUCCAAAGGCAUAUCUGAACAAACAACCAUCUCUGGCCAGACAAAACCGACAAACUUGGAGUCAGAUAACUGUGAAAAAAAAGUUCCUAAAUCUAAUCAAUCAUUUAUGUCCGUCUCUACGGGGGAAGAUGUGUCAUGUCAGGGCGGUCAGAAUAAAGCAGACGUUACAGAUUCAGAGAAAGCACAACAGUCCACAGUAAUCACGCAGAUUGACAGUAUAGGUAACAAAGUAUGCACACGACAGAAGCAAAAGCUAUUGAUGGUGAAAGAAAUGGAGUGUGACAAGGAGCAGAUAGAAGAACGCUCAAACCCAAACGACGAGCUUAAAGCACAAGAUUGCGUGGUGAAUGAUGUUCCUAAGAUUGAGGUGAAUCCUCCUCCGCUUGAAAGUUGUCCAUCUCCUGAAAUCAACAGCCCUGGGAAAUCUAUUAAAGUUUCUGAAAGAAUGCCACUUAGAAGCAGAGACAGUCAAAGUGAGCAUUCUGUUAGUAACGACGCCUGUUCACCUACCAGGAAUAUUCCACACACCCCUGAAAGAAUGCCUUUAAGAAGCAGGUGUGUUGAUCAUCCUGUGGAUGGAGAUUCUUGCACUUCCCCCACUACAGGCACAGAGAAGUCUGGACGAAUGCCUUUGAGAAACAGGAAUAGCGGAUUAGCUGAACAGACUGUUGGCAAAGAUUCCUGCAUUCCCAAUGCGAGCAGUUUAGACUGCGCACCUCGCAUGCCUUUGAGAAGCAGAAACAGUAGUGCAGUCAGUCGCCCUGUUAGUGAAGGUUCUUCUGAUGUGAACAAGGAUACUUCAGGCCCAACCACUGAACAACCCAGUGUUGAGGACAGUGGUGUUGCCAGUAAGAAAUUGGCAAACACUGGACACAUGCCUCUAAGGAGUGGAAGUUUGAUCGCAGAACAGACAUCCAACUUCAGUUCCUCUGGUUCAGAUCCUGGAACGGUUUCAGAAAGCCCUGGACGCAUGUCAUUGCGAAGGAACAAUACUUUUAGUGCUGAAAAGCAGGAUUGUUUAGCAACACCUCCCAAAAUCAAAAAGCUUUCUCAAAGACAAAAAAUGUGCAGAACAUCUGUGUUGUCUUUAGUAACUAAGGGAGCACAAAUCAAUAACCAUGCGAUCAGCAACACUGGUGAACCGUGUGACCAAAUGAACGUCUCUUCUAUGUCAAAUUCAUUUACUUCAUUUAACCUACCUACUUCCAGUCCUUUAAUUCCGACCCCAUGCAGGUUUUUAGAGGCUUUAAAUGGGGAAGCAAACCAACAUUUAAUUUCAGAUUUAAAUAACAAAUUUGAUAAGAUGCAAAAAGGAUGGGUUCAAAUGGACAAAGAGGGGCCGCCUGCACCAAAACCAAAAAACAAGGCAGACAGACUGAAGGAAAUAUGGAAAAGCAAACGAAGGAUUCGGAAACCAAGAUCAUUAGAACAGCACAAAUUAUCUCCUGUGCAAAUGUUGUUUAUGAAAUCUUUUGACCUUCAAAAUAUCUGUCGCUGGUUUUUGCAGUCAACAGAAACAAAAUCUCUUGUUAUCGUAAAGAAGGUGAACACAAGGCUUCCAUCUGAAACACAUUUGCGCUUUCAAACCUCGACUUCGGUGCCGGGGUCUUCUGAUGGCGUAUUCCCAAGUCUACAGGCUGAACGCUUAAAAAAGCACCUGAAAAAGUUUGCCAUUGCAUCUCCAGUGAAAAGCAAUCCCAAGAACAAAAGGCUAAUUGCUAAAGCUUUAGCGCAUGGUAUGUCUAAGGGCAAAGAAAAGCAAGAACUUAGAACUGCCACACGGAUCUCUUCAAAACCCCAAAGCUCCGGUUUAAAACAGGCGCAAUCCCUUGAGAGCCACAGCAAGGUUGCUGCAAGUGCAAAAAAUCUGACCAGUGCAAGAAACCCAGCAAGUGCUAGAAUUCUGAGGAAAUAUUCCAACAUGCGUGAGAAAAAACAAGUCCAUCAAAACACACUGAAAAAUUUAAAGAGAUCACUAGAAGACGUAGGCAAUAGCCAGUCCAUGACUAAGGUCUCCAAAGAAAAACUGUCUAAAAGGAGAGGACAAAAAUCAGCCAUUGUCAAGAAACAGUUGGUUAGAAACACAAAAACACCCACGAAAGCGAAAAUCCCAAAAGGUGGCGCUAGAGGAUUAAGCAAGAUAAAUGAAAAGGAUAGGCUUUCUCGAAAGAGGGUGCUUCCCAGAGUAUUAAAAUCGACUCGUGUAACCACUCCUAAAACUGUGAGCAAGAAAGAAAUGGUGAAACCGGAGAAGUCCCCACAAGCCAAAACUGACAAGAAAUCACCUCUUCAUAAAGGUUGUGAAAGUUUACUGUCUUCAUCUCAGAUUAUGGACAUGAAGCCUCUGUUAUCAGAAGACCAGGUUCUCACAAGGUCUCAAAGAAAGAUGGAAGCCACUCUUGCACAAACAGGAUCUCCAAAAAACUCUACAAAAAGAGGCAUGGAAACCCUGGUCACGUUAGCGAAACGGACGAGGACAUCGAAGUGACGAAGGACAGAAUUAAAGACUGCCGUUGCAGAUUGAUGGUGUUUUCUAUAUGUGGGAAUUGUUUCUGUUCUAGGAAGACAGUUUGCACAGCUUCACUAUUAAGAAGCAUUAAAAAUAGGUGACUUCCUUCCUCAUGCGAUUUGUGCAGAUACACGAAAAACCCGGCUGCGUGCCGAAACUCACCACAGCAUUCACAACCAAAUGUUCACUGUUUCUAGUAAACAUUUCUGCAUUAGCAUUAGCAUUGUCACUCGGUUUUCUUCACUUUUUUUUUUUUUAUGUUUGUGCACUUACCAUUGCAAAGCUACAGUUUGUCCGGAAUAGUCCAUUAUUAAAACGUGGAUGAUUAAAAAAUGGAUCGAUCAACUCCAAAUAUUUGUAUCCCGUCAAUAAGAGUUGGUUUUGUGACCUUGAAAAUGUGCCUUAUUUAGAAACUGACUGUUCCUUAAAUCAUGGAGUCCUCAAUACUGCACGUCAUUUAGUUUUAAAACAUCCUGAUGCCCGAGGUACAUCCGAGCUGUUUCCUACAGCCACCAUGCUCAUUUCUUCUCAUUUAGACCUGCCUUUCUGAAUUUCUUAGUUAGGUUUCUUAUUUUUUCAAGAUAAUCCCGGACGUAACAAGCAUUAAGUUUCUCAAUACUUGAUCAUUUCAGCAAUUUUUUCCGUUUUGUUACGGUAAUUAUCGUUUGUUCUCAUUAUAUUUUCAGUUCUACCUGUUACAUGUUGCCUUAAUCGUGUUUGCUUUAUUAUUUCCUCACUACUUGCUGAUGAUCAGCUAAAAACUGUAAAAUGUAUUCAUUUCAUUAGAGCUUAAUAUAACUAACUAACUUAUGAAUAAUCAGGUCAGUGGCUUGUCCUAAUGGAGAUACUUUUGUUUGUUCAGUUAACAGAAUGUUACUUCUGUUUACUGAAAAUGCUUUAGCUAAUAUUCAGAAACUUGAUGCAGGUAUUUUUGUUUUUGUUUGUGUUCAAUGUUUGCGCUGCUGGUCUGUGAGGGCCGAAGAUUCUCGAGCAGUCUUUACAAAAACGUGAAUCUCUUCAUGAACUUUGUUUGCAGUGAUCGGUUGUGAUUUUUCUUGAUUCCCAACCGUAUACAUAAUCGAACUUAGGAGAGAAAAAAAAAAGGACGACCCGUGUGUGCAAAUGUUCUCUCUCUUUUUUUUUUCUUCUUUUUUUUUGUUGCAUUUCUCUGAAUUUGAAGUCUAUGCAUGCAAGGUGAUGCGCCUCAGAGGAUCAUCUGCAGAUAUGUCUUGAAAGGUUGACUCCUUUUUUUUUUUUUUCGAAUACGGAUACUUUUUUGACCAAAAUGAAAAUGUGACGAAUGAUAAUUGAAGGCUGAUGUCCAUUAUUUUUCAUUUUUGGACAGUUUUGAAUGCUGGAGUCUGUCUUAGUUCUGAGUUGGACUGAAUGUCACCUGAAUGAACAUGUGAACCUUUUAAUUGUGUACAAUUUAAAGCUAUUUAAAAAAAACAAACACAAAAAAAAAAAAUCAGUGUGCUGCCAUUAGCAAAAUUAUUUACUCUCUAACUAUAGGAUUAAAUGUAAUUUUGUAUUUUGGGAAAGUAUUUGGUGGAGGUUGUCAACUCAGUUUUUUAAUGUUUUAGCACAAUUGUAUUUUUUUCCCCCUCUUCCUUUCGAUGUUGAAUAAUAUCUUGUAAAUGCAAAGGUAUACUGUUUGAGUUUUAAUUGAUAUUUAAUGUUCCCAUGGGUAUCAUCGACAGUUUGAUUUACCCACCAAAUACCAGACUUGAAUAUUUUACGUUGCUAUUGAUAUUUAUAGUUUUUUUUUUUUGUUUUAUGUUUGUUUGAAAAAAGAGAGCACAGAGGUGUAUUUGUGUCAUGUUAAGUUCCUGCUAAAACUGGUAUAAAUUGUUUGAAUUCA